GAGCGAGAAAACGAGAGCAAUUGCAUAGUAUAGCGCGCCAGCUCUAGAGAGAGAAAUAGACAAAGGAGACAGCAAUGGAGUGAAGAGAGAGAGAGAGAGAGAAUUCUCUUCUAAUUUUUUUCCCUUCUCUCUGUAUUUUUUCAUCAUUGUUCAUCACAAUUUGCGUGAUUAACCGCCGGUUUGGAUUUGAAUUUUGAAUUCGGUGAAACUCUGCAUAAACGAUGAGUCUAGGGUUCAAAUCAGCUGUUUUUCAUGGAGAAACAUGUUUGGGAGAGCUUGAUACUGUACCUGUUAAGGAUCAGAACUUCCAAUUCCCAAACAACGAGAUACGGAUUCAUCAUAUCUCUUCAAUUAGUGAGCGGUGUCAUCCUCUCUCUAUUCUGCAAACAAUUUCAUCACCUGUUCGUUGUAAGCUUGAACCGAACUCGAAUUCAGCGCCAACCGGUUCUGAUCAGUCUCCGUUGAUAAAUCUUCAUGCCUCGUGUUUCUAUGAACUCAAGACUGCAGUAGUCUUGCUGGGGGAAGAAGAAAUCCAUUUGGUAGCAAUGCCGAGUAAGCAGAAAAAGUUCCCCUGUUUUUGGUGCUAUUCAGUGCCCUUUGGUCUGUAUAGUGCUUGUUUACAGAUGUUGAAUAUGAGGUGUCUAUCAAUUGUUUUUGAUCUGGAUGAGACUUUAAUUGUUGCAAAUACAAUGAAGUCGUUUGAGGAUAGAAUUGAGGCUUUGCGGGGUUGGUUUGGACGAGAGAAAGAUCCAAUUCGGUUGUCUGGAAUGUCCGCUGAGAUGAGGAGGUAUAUGGAGGAUCGUGCACUGUUGAAGCAGUACUUGGAGAGUGAUUCUGUUGUUGACGGUGGGAGAGUAUAUAGAGCUCAGCAAGAGGAGGUACUACGAUUAUCUGAAGGGCAAGAGCGUGUAGUUCGGCCAGUCAUAAGGUUGCUGGAAAAGAAUGUGGUCCUUACACGGAUUAAUCCAGAGAAUCGGGAUACCAGCGUGCUUGUUAGAUUACGUCCUGCGUGGGAUGAGUUGAGAACUUAUUUGACGGCGAAAGGUCGGAAAAGGUUUGAAGUAUAUGUUUGCACCAUGGCAGAGAGAGAUUAUGCAUUGGAGAUUUGGAGGCUACUCGACCCAGGGUCACACCUCAUUAAUGCCAAUCAAUUGAUGGACCGUGUUGUAUGUGUCAGAUCAGGGGCCAAGAAGUCUCUACUUACUGUCUUCCAAAAUGGCAUUUGUCAUCCAAAAUUGGCGAUGGUUAUUGAUGACCGAUUAAAAGUGUGGGAAGAUAAAGAUCAGCCUCGUGUUCAUGUUGUCCCUGCUUUCACUCCAUAUUAUGCUCCACAAGCAGAGAUGGCCAAUGCAGUUCCGGUCCUGUGUGUGGCGAGAAAUGUUGCUUGUGAUGUUAGAGGUCGUUUCUUUAGAGAGUUUGAUGAAGGCCUACUCCGAAAGAUCUGUGAGAUCUUCUAUGAAGAUGAGGUUGUAAAUUUACCUUCUGCACCUGAUGUUAGCAACUACUUAAUGUCCGAGGAUACUGGUUUUGCGUCAUCUGGGAAUGUUGCUCCUAUUCCUGAGGGAAUGUACGGGCCUGAAGUUGCACAAAGGUUGAAUCAACAGGACGGAAAAGUUAAUAUGAACUCUGCUCCUGUUUCCAUGAGUACCAAUCCUGAUAUGAAGCCAGGAAGCUCCCAGCUUACGGUUGGAAUUGCUGCAAAUGUACCUGCUCAAUCAGUGAGACCAAUUCAACCUUCGGAAAAACCAAGUUUGCUGGGAGCUCCAUUUAGACGAGAUAACAGCUUUUCUGAAGCUGAUGGUGAUGGGAAAAGAAGGUACCCCAUAUUGAAUCCUAGUCAGGAUAUGAGGUUUCGUGGUUCAGCAGAACCUCCUUUAUUAUCUAUAGUGCCUCAGAAACCAUCCAUACUGCCCAUACCAUCACAGGGUGGUUGGUUGGUUGAAGAUGACCUAAAUAAAGGACAGAUGGGUAGUCGAUCACCUGGAAUUUUUCAAGAAUCUGAUGCUUCAAGGUAUGCUAAACAGAGAGGUCAUCAGAAUUUUCUGAGUCAAGGUGCAACAAGCAUGGUGUUACCGGCAUAUGCAUCUACAGGGAAGAAUGGGGAGGCAAAUUCCAGGCAUGAAAUGCAUAGACAGAAUUCUCUUCAUCAGACAGAGGGUAGAUUCUCUCAACAUCAGUCGUUAUUUAACAACAGAGAAUCUCAGCUAGAAGCAGGGAGAAUGAACUUCUUACCCUCUUUAGCUACGGGGGUGCUGCAAGAAAUUGGACGGCGAUGCAACUCAAAGGUUGAGUUCAGGCCUGUAGUGAGCACAAGCGAGGAAUUGCAAUUUUCAGUUGAGGUCUUCUUCACCGGUGAGAGAGUUGGUGUUGGAAUGGGUAAGACUAGGAAGGAUGCUCAACAACAGGCAGCUGAGAAUGCACUUCGGAACUUGGCUGGUAAAUACAUCUCUUACAUUACAUCUCACCCUCGAGUAGCGGAUAAAGACUUGGAUAAGAUUCCGGUGGAAAAUGAAAAUGGGUUCUUGUGGGACACUGUCAAUCACGUGGAUGAAACUUCAGUGGAGGAUAGAUUACCUCAAGUAAAUGUUUCAGAGGUGGGAGUUAAUAGGGAUGCUGCCCAUGACCGAUCACUUAGUUCUUUGAAAACGUGACUGGCCUUUGGUUUAGGGGGUGGAGGGUGUGCACUGAAACAAAUCUUGGAGAUGAUGGGUUGAGAUUAUUUGGGUUUUUACCCCUCCUUCCUUGAAUUGUGUUGUAUCGAAGUCAGGAGCAGAACAGGGAAUUCUGGAGCUUGUUUACCCACUUGUUCAUCUGGCUAUGUAGGCCAUCCUUCAUGCUUCUUAUUUUGGAGGUAUAAUGGUGGUCUUUAGUUUUAAUUCCACCCCUUCUGUUUCCCAUCACAAUUUUUUUCUCAAGUAACUUCUGCCGGAGUGCUUUCUGCUCCUUUUCUCGUUUGGUUCUAAAAGAUGGUCUACUCCUAACUGGAAUGCUGUAACUUCCAGUAGCUUCUUGUCUCUGUUCUGGGCGAGGAGUUUUGACCAUUUCCUGUUCUUCCUCAGAUGCACCUUGCCUCUGGCUCUUGUUGAGAUUUCCUGAGUUGCUGAAGUAGCAUGUACAGGUAUUUCUGGUGCAAUGAGUCAAAGGGGGAUCAGUUCACCCAGGUAAUCUUAGGGGCCAAUAUAUGUGAUUUUUAUCAUAAGCCAAGUCCCCCCAUCCCCUAAUUUGCUUUAGUCUCUGCACCGGGAUGUCUGUCUUUUAUCUUUUAAGUGCUGAGCUAGUUCUGGAAUGAAGACUUCAUGUUCUUCGUUUAGUAAAUACCAACUUUAGUUAUCUCUUGAUUGUGUAGAAGUCUGUAACUGUCCAAUCCGAAUAAUGUCCAGACAAGGAGGGCUAUUGCCACCUGAGUCAUAUUAUAUUCGGAAGUCCUGCAGCAGUAAUUUUGACUGGUUUCUGCAAAGGGACAGUUUGGUGGCGGGAACAGUCUUCACAACUAUCAAAGUGGCUACUUUUGGGUGGCUUCAUGAUUUUCUCCGAUAUGUUACGGAGAAAAUGAAUUUUGUUUUUCAUUGGAAAAGUGAUUCAUAGAUUUUUUAUACAAGGGCGUUUUUUGGUGCCCUCGUUUCUGCCAUAGUUUGUAAUUAUCUAAUUACCUGCAGUUGAUUUUUAUACCGGGGCUUUUUAUUGCCUUUAAUAGUUUUUGGCUGUUGCAUACCUAUAACAACAUUUGCUCCUAUUUGGUGCAAGACAAAAGUGACCCAGCAAAUCAAAUUUUUGUAUUAUGAAAGAUAAAUGAAAUUUUGAUACUAGAAUUUCAAAAGA